AUGACUAACUCUGCUGGUCACCUUGAGCCCGUCGAUCUCCGCUACUGGCCAACAUGUGAAAGUGCACUGAGCUGGUCCUCAGAAGAUCUGGCUGUUGCCGCAGGUGAGGUCGUACAGAUCUUGACGCCUGUUGAUGUGAAAAGCUCGCAAGAGUUGUCCGGUGGUCAGCAAUGGCACAAAUUUACGCUCCCAGUCAACCAGUUCGAGGCUUCGGAGUGGCCGUUUGCGGACAUGUCCACUAUCAAGCACUUUUCAAUCGGAGAGGAACUAUCAGAUUCAACGAUUGUCGCGCUCGAGUGGUCCCCCCCUGGCCUGGGUGUCCACCGAAGGAGUGUGCUCGCGAUUUUGACCUCAAAUCUGAUCUUUUCAAUCUGGGAAACUAAUGGAAUAUCAGGCAUAUGGAAGCGGACAGGCGUUGUCAAUCAGUAUUUGUCAAUUGGAGCAGACCUGGAUGGUUCACGCGAGUCAGACCGAAGAAGGAGAAGAGUCCGUGCAUUUUGCUGGUUACCGCCAGUCAAGCUUUCAGCAUCUUCGAACUGGGGUGACCAUGUGUUGGCGGUCGCCGACGGUUUGGAUAGGAUCACCCUCUGGCGAAUCUCGAAAAGCAAGAGCACAAAUAUUGGCAAUUGGCGGUUCGAAUUGAUAGGACAGCAUGACAUGAAGCACGCGAGCCCUGAACAUACAAUGAGAGGUCAAUUACGGUCAGUUCUUUCCCAGUCUUCGCCUAUUGUCAAGAUGGAGGCCUCCGAAUGCCUUCGCGACGAAAGGGGAAACACAUUCUCUCAGAAGCAAACCUUUACCCUGAAGGUGACCUGGGCUUAUGGUCGUUCCCCUGCAAUGCUUUCCCUUCAAUUUCAGAAAGGAGAUAGAGAGAAAACCGACGAUCCUCUUUCGAGCCCUGGUAUUGAGCUCUUCAUAAGGAAGUCUGAGGAACCAAUCAAAUCGUCUCGGGUUGGCCAACUCUCGGAAAGUGAUUUUGCAACAGCCAUCCGGAAGCCACGUUCAGAAUUCGAUGCAAAAUUCAGCUUAGGAGGCAGAGUGCGUACUCAUUUUUACGGCAUUGCCCUUUCUCCUGACAAGAGCCAGGCUGCGGCCUGUAUCUCUUUCCAUCCGUCCGACAUGAUCGAGGCUGUCAUACCUGCCCAUCGGCAUGCACUCAUUGUGUUUACGAGAAUUCGAGCGAAGGCAAAGGUCGUGGACUCUAUAAAGGACGAUCCAGUUGUGCAUGAGGAGGUGCUCACAUUUGUUGCAGCGACUGAUCCAGACUUGCUUCGGUCAGAUUUGGAUAGAAGCAUUGCCAGGAAUGCUGUGGCACUAAUUCACAAAGAUUUUCAGUCCUCUCAAUUCUUGACGGACUGGGCAAACUCGAUAUCACAGCAGUUCUCAAACCCUCGCUUCUCGGCAGCAUUGACCAAUGAAGGAGGUGCAGGAAAAGAGAACUCCAAUGAUGAUAAGAUGGACUUGGACAAAGAAGUAGCAAAUGCUACCGAAUCCGGCCAUGGGAAUGCCGCCCUGACAACGGCGAAACAAGAGAAGUGCGAAAUUUGUGACGCAAGGAUUCCUUCCUCAGCAUCGACAUCAGUGAAGUGCAUCAACGGCCACCAGUUCAGUCGGUGCAAUAUUUCCUUCGUGGCUAUCCAGGAGCCUGGUAUCUCAAAGUAUUGUGCCAAAUGUGGUAGGCAAUUCCUGGAUGUCGGCAAACUGAAAAUACCUGAUGGUCCAAGCUUGAGUCAAGCUCUAUUCGACAAGUUCGAUAUUUGCCCGUAUUGCCAAGGCAAGUUUCGUGGGUGA